GCUUUAGACAGCUGUGAAAAAGCUGUCGAAUCAGGUAAAAGCCAAAGCGAGUUAAAGAAAAAAGACAGCCAACUGUUGCCGCCAGAGCGUGUGGAAAUUAGAAAGUAAUUGAGUCUGGUUUUUGGCGUAAUCAUGGACCUGAAUCAACGCACAUAUCUCCUGGUGACCGGGGCUUCCCGUGGAAUUGGCCGGGAAUUUGCCCAGCAACUGGCCAAGCGGAUUAAAGCCGAGGGAUCCAUUGUGACGCUACUGGGGCGCAACCAGGCCCUCUUGGAUGAGACCAAGGCGGCGAUUAUGGCCACAGUGCCAAGUCUUUCCGUGCACACCUACUCGCUGGAGCUGGAAACGGCCAAAACGGAGGACUUCAACAAGAUUAUAGAGGCUUCUGGCGGAAAGAACAGUUUUGAGCGUGCCAUAGUCAUCCAUAAUGCCGGCACAGUGGGUGAUACGUCCAAGAGGGCCAAGGAAAUCGGGAAUACGGACUUCCUGCAGAGUUACUACCACUCAAAUGUCUUCUCCGCCAUUUCGCUGAAUUGCGAAUUCAUGCGCGUCUUCCAGGGAAUCCCAAAGUUGGUGGUUAAUCUCAGCACCUUGGCAGCCAUUGCUCCCAUAUCCUCGAUGGCUCACUACUGCACGGUGAAAGCAGCCCGUGAGAUGUACUUCCGGGUGCUGGCCACCGAGGAGUCCUCCGAGGACACCCUGGUGCUCAACUACGCGCCCGGCGUCAUAGACACCCAGAUGACCGUUCAGGUCCAGCGAGAGGCUCAUGAUCCCGCCGUGGUCGCCAUGUUCCGUGAGCAAAGGGAGUCUAAAACCAUGCUAACUCCCGCCCAGACGACGGAGCGGUUCAUCAAGGUCCUGGAGGCAUUCAAAUUCAAAUCCGGCGAUCACGUCGACUACCGGGAUGAGAAGUUCUAGCUUGUUAAUCAGUAUGUUAUUUGUGGUAAUGGGGAUUUUGUAUUAAAACAUUAAAAUUAUAAACCAAUCUGAA